AUGCUUUAUUGUUAUGAAAAUGUAUUUCUUAUUGGUAGUUCAUUAGGCAAUAAAGUCAAUACUCAUUAUCGCUUGUCCUAUAUUUCUCAUCGUCUAGUAUCAUAUGAUCAACAUGAAUCUCCAACUGUUCCUCAUCAUACUCAUUCAACUCCAACAUUAUUAUUAACACAAAAACUUCCUUCAUCAUGUCAUGUACUUAUUGCUGGUGGUGGUAUUAUUGGUCAAUCAAUAGCUUAUCAUUUAAGUGAAAUUGGUGUUAAAGAUGUUGUACUUAUUGAAAAAGCAAGAUUAGCAUCUGGUACAACGUGGCAAAGUUCUGGACGAGUCUCUCAUAUACAAGAUACAGUCAUUGAAACACGUUUUAUGAAAUAUUCAAGACAAUUAUAUGAACGAUUACAUAAAGAAGGACAUGAUAUUGGCUUUAAUGAAACCGGUAGUUUAUGGAUAGCUCAAACACCUGAUCGACUUCAUACACUUAAACGACAAUAUUCUAUAAUCAAAGCCUUAGAUAUUAAUUGUGACAUAUUAAACUUAGAAAAAUUAAUUGAAAAAGUACCAAUUAUUGCUCCACAAGAAAUUUGGGGUGGUUUGUGGAUUCCCAAUGAUUGUAUGGUUGAUCCUGUACCAUUAGCUUUAACUUUUGCUCAAUUAGCAAUAGAUAAAGGAGUUAAAAUUAUUGAAGAUUGUUAUGUCAAAGAAAUUCUUACAGAAAAACAACGUGCUGGACAAUAUGAUCGUGUAACAAGUGCCAUAACAUCACAAGGAGAUAUUAAAUGUGAUGUAUUUAUUAAUUGUACAGGAAUGUGGGCACGAGAACUUGGAUUUCAAUCUUCACCAAGUGUUAGAAUUCCUACUCUAGCAUGUGAAUACAUAUGUUUAAAAACAAAACCAGUAGCAAAUUUUCCAAACAAUAUUCCCAUUGUUCAUAAUCCACACGAACGUUUUUAUAUUCAACCAUUAAUAGAUGAUAGUGUAUUAGUUGGUGGUUUUCUAAGUCAAUCGAAACCUCUUUUUUCAAAUGGUGUUCCAGAUACAUUUCAUUAUUCUCUUUUACCUGAUAAUUGGGACGAUUUUCAUUGGAUAUUAAGUAAUGCAAUAAAACGAUUUCCUAUUCUUGCUGAAAGUGAUUACGAAAUAUUGAUCACUGGUGCUGAUAGUUUUACACCAGAUGGCCGAUUAAUUAUGAAUGAAUCAGCUGAAAUUGAUAAUUAUUUUGUUGCAUCUGGUGCAAAUGGACAGGGUAUAGCACUUGCUGGUGGUAUUGGAAAAUAUAUGGCUGAAUUAAUUCAUAAAGGAAAUACAGAGUUAAGUACAUGGCCAGUUGAUAUACGUCGUUUUAUGCGUUUACAUACAAAUAAACGUUUUCUUGAAGAUCGUCUACGAGAAAUACCAGGAAAACAAUAUUCAUUAAAAUAUCCAACCUAUGGUAUGUCAUUAUAUCAAACAGGACGAAAAUUACGUGUUUCACCAUUACAUCCAAAAUUACAAGCAGCUGGUGCCGUUUAUGGUGAAGUACUUGGUUAUGAACGUCCAUUAUUUUUUAAACCAGAUGAACCCGAAAAAAGUUUUGAAGAUUUAAGUAAACAAGGUACAUUUGGUAAAGCACGAUGGUUUAAUACAGUUAAAAAAGAAUAUAAUGUAUGUCGAAAAGGUGUAGCUAUUAUUGAUAUGACAUCAUUUACAAAAUAUGAACUUAAAUCAGCUAAUCGAAGUGUUGUGGAUUUUCUACAAAUGCUUUGUGCAAAUAAUAUUGAUAAACCAGUUGGUACUGUUGUUCAUACAGGAAUGUUAAAUGAACACGGUGGUUAUGAAAAUGAUUGUUCUGUUAUACGUCUUGAUGAUUAUCAUUUUCUUUUAGUUAGUCCAACAUCACAAUCUACUCGUAAUAUGAAAUGGCUUAAAUCUCAUGUACCAGAAGAUGGUUCUGUUCUUCUAUCUGAUGUAACAUCACUUUAUACAGCAUUGAAUGUUAUUGGACCAAAAGCAAAAUAUUUAUUAGCUGAAUUGAGUGAUGAAAAUUUUAAUGAUUUUGCAAGAAUGACUUGUCAAGAAAUCGAUGUUGGUUUUGUUAGUCAUAUCUAUGCUAUGCGAUUAACACAUACUGGUGAAGAUGGUUUUAUGCUUUAUAUACCAUCAGAAUAUGCUUUAUGUGUAUAUGAUAUGUUAAUGGAACAAGGUAAAGAUUAUGGAAUUAUAAAUGCUGGAUAUUUUGCUCAACGAACUCUUCGAAUUGAACGCAUGUAUCCAUCUUGGGGACAUGAUAUCGAUAAGAAAACAACACCAUUUCAUUUAAAUCGAGAAUUUCAUGUUUCAUUUGAUAAAGAUUUUAUUGGCAAAGAAGCUCUAUUAAAACAACGAAAAGAAGGUAUACAAAAAAGAUUUGUUCAAUUUCUUCUUGAAGAUCACAAUUUGGAUUCAGAUCCAUGGCCAUGGAGUGGUGAACCUAUUUAUCGUAAUGGUGUAUUUUGUGGAUUUGUUACAUCUGCAGCAUAUGGUUUUACACUCGGAAAACAAGUCUGCUUAGGACAUAUUCAUGCUCCCGCUUCAGAAAACAUAACAAUCAAUUAUAUUCGUAGAGCAACAUAUGAAAUUGAUAUAGCAACUAAACGAUAUAAAGCACGUCCUAAUGUUUAUCAACCAUCAGAAAUGGGCCCAACCGUUCAACUUAGCAUACGUUAG